AUGAGUACUCCUUGUUCAGCCGCCAUGUUGGUUGUUCUUGUAGGUAUCGCCGCCAUGGGAAUGGUGGUGCCGCCGGUUGAAGGUGGCAGGGCUUUCUUCGUGUUUGGUGACUCAUUGUUUUUUCUUGAUGUAUAUAAUAUAGGCCAAGCAAUUGGUGAAGAAUCAACACUAGCUUACUUCAACCCAGAGUUGAAAGGUGAAAAACUGCUGGUUGGAGCCAACUUCGCAUCUGCAGGGAUUGGCAUUCUUAAUGACACUGGCUUUCAAUUUGCAAACAUAAUCAGAAUCCACAAGCAAUUGAGGUUGUUUCGCGAGUACCAGCGGCGCGUGAGCGCACUAAUCGGAGAAGAGCAGACGCAGACGCUGGUGAACAAAGCCCUCGUUCUUGUCACCCUCGGCGGAAACGACUUCGUCAACAAUUAUUUCUUGACACCAAUUACCCUCAGGAGGCUCCAGUAUAAUCUCCACGAUUACUCCCGCCUUCUCGUCUCCGAAUACAAAUCCAUUUUACUGGUAAUUAUUUACACAUUCCUUUUUUUUUUAAUGCAACUGCAGGAGCUGUAUAAUUCGGGAGCCCGACGGGUUCUGGUGACCGGAACCGGACCGAUAGGCUGCGUGCCGGCGGAGGUCGCCUUGAGAGGCGUCAACGGCCAAUGCGCCGUGGAGCCUCAACGCGCCGCCGCCAUUUACAACCCUCUGCUCACCGAAAUGCUCGCAGGUCUCAAUCAAGAAAUCGGCUCCAACGUAUUCAUAGCCGCUAAGGCGUUUGAGAAGCAAUACGAUUUCAUCAACAAUCCAAAAGCCUUCGGUCUGUUUUACAACGUCGAAGAGGGCCUGCUGUGGGCAGGGUCCGUACAAUGGGAUUGGACUUUGUAUUGCAACUUCAAAUCUGUGCAAGAAUAG